CUAGCUAGUGCUCCCGGUCUCUUUGCUCCAUCUCUGACCAUAAAUUUGAUCGAUGUCACGCCGAUUGAAAGAGCAACCCGUGGAUCACUACGCUCGAGAUUGUUCGAAUCAAAACGAGGAUGCUGCGAGCCUACUUUCUCUCCGGUUUCCCCUUCGAUCUGUAACGAGCCACGGGGCAAUAAUCGUCAGGCGAUCAAGCCGCCGAUUGAAGAAUGCUGCGGCCUGAGAAAGUACAAGUACGCGAAGUCGCAGGUAGAGACGGACUUUUGCAACACCCAGAGGCUGCUCGAGAGGAUCCGAUACCUGAAGAGGAACAUUCAGGACCUAGAGUACGCUCAGCAGAGGAUUAGACCACAAAUAAUAGCCGAGAAGAAAGACACGAUUUGUCAGACGCAGGAUUCAUCGCGGUCGGACGUGAACAGCUUCCGAGAGAUCUUGGACAAUUGCAUCAAGGAAAUGACGAGGCUGAGGGGAUUCUUCGACGACGAGAACGCCUGGUGGAAGAUAUUCAAGAACCGGGAGUUCAACUGUUGCGAGCAGAAACUGCCGCAUCUGCAUGGCUACUUGGAUGGAACUAUGGUCACUCUGAAGAUACUGGAGGAGAGAAACGAGUUUGGAGAGGCUGUUGCUACUUCGACACCGAUAAAGUCACCUCCGAGUCCCAACGCGUCCAGUCACAAACGAAACUACAAAGAGCAACAUGAGGAGAGGGUUGAAAACCAUUCUGAAACGCACGCAGAUUCGUCCACGAACACUGAAACAGUCAGCAAUUCUUGUCAAAAUCGAUGUCCUGCGUCUUGUCAAAUUCACGAAGGCAAUCUUGACUCCUCGAGAGCAGAGACACAGGAUGAAACAGUCGACCAAACGCAGCGCAAUUCAGAGCAACCGCGAACAAUUUCGUACGACGAAACGUUUGAUAGAGACAACACGAACGACACACAUGAUUGGUUCUCUAAGAACAACGUUGGAUACGCGGAGGGGCCGUCAAUUACAUUUCACAGCGAGAAUACGGCGCGGAGAACAACCAUUGCUGCCGAUAUCAGCACGUCGAUCGAUUUAAUACCGGUAUUAUUACAUACAAUAGCGUGCGUACGAAUAGAGAGAUAAUUAAGCUCAUAAAUACAGCUAAUUGUAUCGCGCGAAAUUUUAUUUUUAUUAUUCCUUUUUUUUUUUUUUUAUAAUUCAAAGCUAUGCUUU